GAUGUAAAAAAUCAUUAAAUCAUGUCAGUGCAGGUGGGGUCUGGUUAUUAUGUGGUCAUAUAACUUUAGAUAUGAAUCAGGUCAUGAUCGGCAUAUAGGCCAGGACGCCUUAGGCUUCUCUCCCCGGGGCAGCCUUGAUCCACGUCAAUAAUGCUCAAGAAUUUUCCAAAAAUGACGAAAGAUAUGAAACCACAGAUCAAAGGCUGCUUAAAGAAGCACAAGCAGGAUAAAUAAGUUUAAAAGAAAGAAAGAGUAAAUAUAUAUUCAAAGCAUUGAAAGCCAAAGAUAAAGAGAAAAUCUGCAAGGCAGCCGGAGGGCAAUUCCUUGGGUAGAGAUGUGGGGAAAAGCCCUCCAGGUGGAAGGAACAGCAGAAGCAAAGGCAAGGAGGUGGAGAAGUAUAGGGGCUCUCUGAAGGACAGCACGUGAGGAGGGAUGGCGUGUGAGACAGAGUGCCGUCCCUUGGGUGUGUUUACGUGCCAGCUCUGUGCCUUGACAGCUCCAUACAGCUAUGUGGGGCAGAAGCCCCCUGACACCCAGUCUGUCGUCCUCCUGGAGGAGAGCUAUGUCAUGAAGGACCCCUUCACCUCGGACAAAGACAGAUUCCUGAUCCUCGGCUCGAAAUGCAGUUUAUGCAGCAGGCUGGUGUGUGUGGGCCCGGAAUGCAGUUUAUUCUAUUCCAAGAGAUUUUGCCUCCCCUGUGUCCAGGAGAACAUUGAUGCUUUCCCUCAGGAAAUUCGGCAAGACUUGGAGAAAAGGAAAGUUCCAUCAAAGAGGCCUGCCAGCCAGCCCAGUUCUCGGACGUGAGUGCAGCCAGGUGCCAGGUCCACAGCAGCGCCCUGCACGGGGCUUCUGGAUCGAGGUGGGGCUGAGCUGGGAGCUGCUUGGCCCGGCCUGUUUCUGGGCCGUCGGGAGCAGCGUCUGCAGCCUGAGGUAGCUGGGGUGCAGCCUCAACAGCAGCAGGACCGGGAGCCACAUAGAAGGCACCUCAAAGGCAGACCUCAGACCAGACACCCUGCAAACCCAGCCCUCUGCUCCAGAGCUCCCGUCCCCUGAGACCGAGAACAGGAGCUGGCCACAAAGGGAAGCCACAGUCGGGCCUGUGGGCCCUUUUGCUCUCCUGCUCGGGGGCUGAGGCUCCAGGCUUUCCUGCAGGGUCCUCCCCUGGCUUCUGCUUGCACAGGGCCAGGCAUGGAAGGCUCCUGUUAACCCUGCGUAUGAGUCAUCAGAUCCGGGAGUUGCCUCCAUGUGCCGUGCUGCUCUGCUGGGUCCUGUGGACACAGCAGCGAAGAGACAGAGGCCCACUGUCUCAGAGCUGUUGAUCUAGUAUGGGGACACUGUGUGGUCAUGUUGUCUGUGCUCAUGCAGAGGCAGGAGGGGCUGCUUCUCCCAGCCAUGGCGGGGGGUGUCACCUGCCUCCCCAGAUGCCAGAAAGUGAGUGCUCCUGCCACGAAGAUGUCAGUCAGCAGAACGGUUCACAGGGAGGCGACCUGUAUGCUUGUGGGAAGAUGCUGAGGUGUACUGAGAGCUACAGAACGCGAUUGGGAUGACUGGGGGGAUAAAAUUUUUACUUCCCAUCCUUAUGUGAUGCUUGGAAAAAUGUUCUUAAUCUUGACCAUGUGUCAUAUUUAUAAUUAAAGGCCCAAAGAACCAGUUAAUGUUUUGGAAAAUAAUCCUUCCCCUGAAACAUCUACGAGACCAAUCUUCUCCGUGGGUGCUGUGGGCCUGGCGGUAGAUCCAGAGGUUGAAUGUUGGUGCUUCUGGCCUUUUCUGGUCCCUCAGGCUCCGGCUCCAGCUCCAGGCCCAAUUCCAUUCCAAGGCAGAGGAAUGCCCUCAGCUUCCUUCCCUCACUCGUGCUCACACCUCAGAGCCAUUCUGUUGCUUGCCUGCCUCCUCUCCAUAGUGAACUCAGCCCUCGGUGCCUGUGAAGUCCAAACCCACAGACUGCCGGCUGUCCUGGGGCACCCCGCCCCCAGGCACCGCCCACGGCACUCCUGCCCUCAUAGGCCCCAUGGUAGCAAGUGGGAACUGUGAGCUCCCUCCUGUCUGCUAGUUCUUAGAGGGUAGGAAGUGCUCUGUCUCAUGUUAUCGUUACUGCAAGGCCAGUUCACAUUCCCGGGGCGUGUUAGGAGCCUGUCUGAUGAGAGAAUGAAUAAAGAGCUUGUGCUGAC